CCCACCUCCCCACCUCCCGCGCGGAGGGAUACAGUCCUGUGCGCCACUCAAGGCAGCCUGCGGUGCUGAACUUUUCAAAAAGUUUGCUCUGAAGUUUGGAGGCGCGGGAUCGGGGGUUCGAAUCAAGGAUUCUCCCGGCGCUUUGUGUUUUUUUAAAUUAACCUCCCCCCCCUCGUCUUGCCUGAUGAUAACAAAGAAAUCCUGGGCUCCACAUUUGAAUGGAUGUAUAAGUUAAUCGAGGAAUCGGAGGAAAUCUCGGAACUUUAAAACUGCAAGCAAUGGGGGAUUUAAAACUCUGGAAUUUACUUUGGGGGCUCUUGCUGACGGCGCUGUGUGAAGCUCUGCAGUGUCAGGAUAACCACCGUCCAUGUGAAAACAGCGGACAAUGCAUCAGGAGUCCACACGGGGAUGCGUCGUGCCUGUGUCGGCCCGGUUACCUUGGGGACCUGUGCCAGUUUCCCGAUCCUUGCCAAAAGUCACCAUGUUUAAACAGAGGAAUAUGCACCAGUUCGGUGGUGGACGGCACAACCCAAUACGCUUGCAGCUGCACUCGAGGGUUCAGAGGAGUGAACUGCUCGCAGAUCGAUGCCUGUGCCACGAGCCCGUGUGCCAAUGGAGCCCACUGCACCAACUGGAACAACCGCUACAACUGCACCUGUCCCCCCGGCUUCAGUGGCAAGCACUGCCGCACAGACAUUGAUGAAUGCAAAGUGCCCAACCUCUGCAAGAACGGAGGGACAUGCGUCAACACCCCGGGCACCUUCCACUGCCAGUGCCUGGCCGGCUUCACUGGGCGCCAGUGCGAGAGCGUCUACAUCCCCUGCGCCCCAUCCCAGUGCCAGAACGGAGGGACCUGCCGCCAGACUGGGGACCUGACGUACGAAUGUGCCUGCUUGCCAGGUUUUGAAGGACAGAAUUGUGAAAUUAACAUUGACGAUUGUCCCAAACACAACUGUGGGCAUGGCGGAACCUGCAUCGACGGGGUGAACACCUACAAUUGCCAGUGUACACCUGAGUGGACAGGUCAGUUCUGCACAGAAGAUGUUGACGAGUGUCACCUGCAACCCAAUGCUUGCCACAAUGGAGGCACCUGCUUCAACACUCAAGGCAGCCACACGUGCGUCUGUGUCAACGGGUGGACAGGGGACGACUGCAGUGAGAACAUCGAUGACUGUGCCACGGCAGUCUGCUUCCACGGAGCCACGUGCCAUGACCGAGUGGCAUCGUUCUUCUGCGAGUGCCCUGUUGGGAAGACAGGCUUGCUCUGCCACCUAGAAGAUGCUUGUGUUAGCAAUCCAUGUCAUGAAGGGGCCAUCUGUGACACCAACCCAGUGAACGGAGAAGCCAUCUGCACGUGUCCCUCGGGAUUCUCCGGACCUGCUUGUAAUCAGGAUGUGGAUGAGUGUUCAAUAGGGGCAAAUCCGUGCGAACACUUUGGGAAGUGUGUGAAUACUGAAGGCUCCUUUCAGUGUCAGUGUGGGAACGGGUACACGGGCCCUCGCUGUGAGACGGACAUCAAUGAAUGCUUAUCCAUGCCCUGUCAGAAUGACGCCACCUGCCUGGACCGCAUUGGGGAAUUCACAUGCAUCUGUAUGCCAGGGUUUACGGGAACUUACUGCCAGAUUGAUAUUGACGAAUGCGAAAGUAAUCCAUGUGUCAACAAUGGUGCGUGCACAGACAUUGUCAAUGGUUUCAUCUGCAAGUGUCCAUCAGGCUUCACUGGAGCGAUGUGCCACAUUGACAUUGACGAAUGUGCAAGCACCCCCUGCCAGAACGGAGCCAAGUGCAUCGACAGGCCGAAUGGAUACGAAUGCAAAUGUGCAGAGGGAUUUGAGGGGAAGGUGUGUGAGAGGAACACUGAUGACUGCAACCCGGACCCCUGCCACCAUGGAACCUGCAGUGAUGGCAUCGCCAGCUUCACGUGCCUGUGUGAGCCGGGUUACACGGGCUACCGCUGUGAAAACCAGAUCAACGAGUGUCACAGCAACCCAUGCCAGAAUUCCGGGAAAUGCGUGGAUCUGGUAAACAAGUACACUUGUCACUGCCAGCCGGGAACUUCAGGAGUCAACUGUGAGAUCAACCAUGACGACUGCGCCAGCCAGCCCUGUGAUUACGGGAUCUGCCGGGAUGGUAUUAACCGCUAUGACUGCAUUUGCAAACCAGGCUUUAUGGGUCCACAGUGCAACCUUGAAAUAGACGAGUGCGCCUCAAGUCCGUGCCAGAAUGGUGGCACAUGCAUUGACGGCGAGGACAGCUUCUCCUGCCUGUGUCCGGAGGGUUACCACGAUCCCCUGUGUUAUUCCGAGGUGGAUGAGUGCAGCAGCAGUCCCUGUGUGCAUGGAUCAUGUCACGAUGAUGUCAACGGGUACAAGUGUGACUGUGAGGCAGGAUGGACUGGAAUGAACUGUGACAUCGACAAGGACGAGUGUCACUCCAACCCCUGUCAGAAUGGAGGGAGCUGUUCUGACCUGGUGAAUGGUUACCUUUGCAAAUGCAAAGAGGGCUUUCGAGGCCAGCACUGCCAACUCAAUGUCAAUGAUUGUGCCUCAAACCCAUGCUUAAACAAAGCAGUCUGUGUGGAUGGAAUCGCUAGUUACUCCUGCCAGUGUGAGCUCCCUUACACAGGAGAAAACUGUGAGAACGUGCUGGUUCCAUGUUCCCCCAACCCAUGUGAGAACGGUGGCUUCUGCGACCAUACUCCUGACUACGAGGACUUUGUGUGCACCUGUGCAGUUGGCUGGCAAGGACGGAUCUGUCAAGUGGACAUUGACGAGUGUGCAUCCAACCCUUGCAAGAAUCGAGGCACUUGCACCAACACGCUGGGGAGCUACAUUUGUGCAUGUGGGCCAGGCUUUGCAGGUCAUGACUGUGAGACCGACGUCAACGACUGUAAUCCAAACCCCUGCGUGAAUGGUGGUUCCUGCAUGGACGGUGUUAACUCGUUUGUUUGUAGCUGCCUGCCAGGCUUCACGGGCACCCAGUGCGCCGAAGAGGUCAACGAGUGCGAGAGCAGUCCAUGCGGCAACGGAGGCACCUGCACAGACUACGUCAACAGCUACACCUGCAGCUGCAAGGCUGGGUUUAGCGGACUGCACUGUGAGAACAAUAUUCAAGACUGCACAGAAAGCUCCUGUUUCAACGGAGGGACCUGCAUAGACGGCAUUAACACGUAUACCUGCUACUGCCGCCCUGGCUUCACCGGUUCCAAUUGCCAGCACGAUAUUGACGAAUGUGAUUCUCAGCCAUGUCUGAAUGGUGGACUGUGCAUCGAUGGGCUGGAGUCCUACAGGUGUACCUGUCCCCAUGGCUACACAGGGGACCGAUGCCAGGUGACCACAGACUGGUGCAGCAAGUUCCCCUGCAAGAACGGUGGGCAGUGUCGGGCAACGAGGCAGUCCUUUACCUGCGACUGCGUGAGCGGUUGGACAGGGCGCUAUUGCGACAUCCCCAGAGUGUCCUGCGAAGUAGCUGCAGCGCAGAGAGGCGUGGCCAUCACCCAGCUUUGCCAUCACGGUGGGUCAUGCUUCAGCGCUGGAAACACACACUACUGCAUCUGCCCCAAGACCUACACUGGCAGCUACUGUGAGACCGAGAUAGACCAGUGUGCCUCCAACCCGUGUCACAACGGUGCCACCUGCAGGAGCUACAUCGGAGGCUACAGAUGUGAGUGUAUGCCGGGGUACAAGGGCAAAACCUGCAAGACGGAAGUGAACGAAUGCGAAUCAAACCCAUGCCAGAAUGGAGGCACUUGCCUCGACCUGAUUGGCCGCUACAUCUGCUCCUGUCCGCCGGGAACUCUGGGCGUACUCUGUGAAAUUAAUGAAGAUGACUGUGGUCUGUCUCCUCACAUGAAUGUGCCCAAGUGUAUGAAUAAUGGGACCUGUGUGGAUAGAAUUGGGGGCUACACCUGUAACUGCCCUCCAGGGUUCACUGGCGAUCGAUGUGAAGGUGACAUCAACGAGUGCCUGUCAAGCCCUUGCAACCUGCAGACCACCAUCGACUGCAUCCAGUUGCCCAAUGAUUAUCAGUGCGUCUGCAAGCCUGGCUUCACAGGCCGCCAUUGCAAAAGUGUCGUCAACAUGUGCGACUCACAGCCCUGUCAGAACGGGGGCCACUGUAAAGUCACUGUCAACACUCCACUCGGUUACACCUGCAAAUGCCAGCUGAGCUACACUGGACCCAACUGCGAGAGGAGUGUCCUGAGCUGUCGCGACAUGGUGUGCCCGCGCGGCGAGUUGUGUGUUGACACGCUGCUGGGCGCCCGCUGCCAAGCCCCGCCCAGUGUCGGCAACAGCAGCACCUGUUCCAGCCGCCCGUGCCGCAACGGGGGUGUCUGCAGGCCCAGCCGGCUGCCCCCCUUUUACCACUGCCUGUGCCCCAAGGAGUUUGGCGGGAGGAACUGCGAGAUCCUGAUGUUAUACCCCACUCCGGGCGAGGAGCUCGGCUGCUCCCUCCGGGAGUGCCAGCGCAAAGCAGGCGAUGGCUACUGCGACCGGGAGUGCAACAGCUACAGCUGCCAGUGGGACGGGGGAGACUGCUCGCUAUCCAUCGACAACCCCUGGAAGGAGUGCAGCUUCCAGCGGUGCUGGCUUUACUUCAACAACAACAUCUGCGACGAGUUCUGCAACACCCACGAGUGCCUGUACGACAACUUUGACUGCCAGAACCAAGAGAGGGCCUGCAACCCGCUAUACGAGAAAUACUGCGCUGAUCACUACGCGGACCAGCGCUGUGACCAAGGCUGCAACAACGAGGAGUGCGGCUGGGACGGGCUGGACUGCGCUGCGGACGUGCCGGAGCACCUGGCCGAAGGCACUCUCAUCAUCAUCGUGCUGCUGCCUCCGGACGAGCUGCUGAGGAGCAGCACCAACUUCCUGCAGAAGCUGGGCUCCAUCCUCCGUGCCACCCUGCGCUUCAAGAGGGACAGCAGUGGCCAGUACAUGAUCUAUCCCUACUACGGCACCAGCUCCCGGCUCAAGAAGCGCUCGGCGGCCCUCGGGCGGACACCUCGGGAGCUCGGGCAGGAGAUCAUCGGCUCGAAGGUGAACCUGGAGAUUGAUAAUCGCCUGUGCCUCCAAGGAGCGGGUGAAUGCUUCCCGACAGCAGAGAGCGCAGCCGCCUACAUUGGGGCCUUGUCCGCAGUCGGUAACCUGCACUUCCCCUACCCCAUCAAAGAUGUUGACAGCGAGCGCCUGUCACGGCCACCGACCACCAUGAACCUCCUGCCGCUCAUGAUCGUCGCUGCGGUGAUUCUCACCGUCAUUCUCAUCCUCGGCGUGCUGGUGGCGAGACGCAAGAGGGAGCAGAGCCUGCUCUGGUUCCCCGAGGGCUUCACCCUGAAGAAGGACAACAGCAACAAGAACCGCCGCGAGCCCGUGGGACAGGAUGCCCUGGGAAUGAAGCACAUCUCCAAGUCCAUGGUGGAGGAGGGUCUGAUCAGCGAGCGAGACCUCCAGACCGAGCAGUGGUUGGACCCCGAAUGUCCCGAGGCAAAACGGCUUAAGGUGGAGGAGCCAACUACCUUGUCCGAUAAUGAAGAUGCAGUCGAUUGUCGCCAAUGGACACAACAUCACCUUGCUGCAGCAGAUAUCCGGAUGCCUCCCUCCAUGGCCCUGACCCCUCCUCAGGGAGAGUUUGAAUCCGACUGCAUGGAUGUGAAUGUCCGAGGCCCAGAUGGUUUCACUCCGCUGAUGUUGGCUUCCUACUGCGGCGGCGGACUAGACACGGGCUUGACCGAGGAAGAGGAACAGGAGGACUCCUCCGCCAACAUUAUCUCCGACCUCAUCUACCAGGGAGCCAACCUGUGCGCCCAGACGGACCGAACGGGAGAGACCGCCCUGCACCUGGCUGCCCGUUACGCCCGGGCGGAUGCUGCCAAGCGGCUGCUGGAUGCGGGGGCCGACGCCAACGCCCAGGACAACACCGGACGCACGCCUCUCCAUGCUGCCGUCGCCGCUGACGCUCAAGGGGUCUUUCAGAUACUAAUAAGGAAUCGAGCUACUGACCUGGAUGCACGGAUGGUUGAUGGCUCCACAGCCCUCAUUCUCGCUGCCCGACUUGCUGUGGAAGGAAUGGUGGAGGAACUAAUAGCGUGCCAUGCUGACGUCAAUGCUGUUGAUGAGAUAGGUAAAUCAGCGCUUCAUUGGGCCGCAGCAGUGAACAAUGUUGAUGCCACACUGGUCUUGCUGAAGAAUGGAGCCAACAAGGACAUGCAAGACAGUAAGGAGGAAACGCCGCUCUUCCUGGCUGCUCGGGAGGGAAGCUUCGAGGCAGCAAAGAUGCUGUUGGACCACUUUGCCAACCGGGACAUCACGGACCACAUGGACCGCUUGCCUCGCGACAUCGCGCAGGAGCGGAUGCACCAUGACAUCGUGCAGCUGCUGGACGAGUACAACGCCGUGCGGAGCCCCCAGGGGCCAGGCAGCCACUCGAUGUCCCCCCUCAUGUGCCCGCCCAACGGUUACAUGGGCAACCUCAAGCAGACUCCCCAAGGGAAGAAAGCCAGGAGGCCCAGCUCGAAGAAUUCGGCCUCUGGGACAUCCGGCAACUUGAGCAAGGAGUCGAAGGAAGCGAAAGCAAGGAACAAGAAGCUGAGCUUGGAUUGUCAGACCUCCCUCAUGGAAAGCUCGGUCACGUUGUCUCCGGUGGACUCCUUGGAUUCGCCGCGUGCCUACAUUGCCAACCCCACGUCUCCGGUCAUGACCACCUCCGGGAUACUGCACCCAGCCAGCUCCUUGUCCGUGCUCACCACCCCGCCCGUCAAUGGGAUUCUCGAGGGCCCCUUCACCGUCUCCCUGGCCAGGCUGGGCGACCUCGGCGAGCUGGCAGGUCAGAAUGCCGCCAUUCUCUCCAUGAACCACAUGCAGCCCCGUCUCUCCAUGGCCCAGGUGACGGGCCAGCCCAACUGCCUCCUGAACGCCGCCAACCUGGGCCUCGGCGUCGGCAUGGUGAGCCCCGUCACCACCGUGCCCUUCGAGUGGCAGGGCAGGAUCGCCAACUCGCAGCCCGGCGGUGCGCAGGGCAGCAUGCGGCAGCAGAGCCAAGUUGUGCAGCAUGGGCUGGCGCUGCAGGGACACCGGUCCCUGGGCAACGGACCUCAACUCCUCAACCAGCAGAGCCCGGCCAAGAAUCCAGCGGAGCAGCAGUCCAUCUCCCAAGCUCCCGGCGGACAGCCACGGUGCAUCCCUCCUUCCACCAGCGGCCUCUCCAUCCAGCAGAGCCUGCUAAGGAAUGAGAUAGCACGGAUACCAGACCACUGCAACCAGACCAUCUCCCCCCAGGAAGGGCAGCCUCCCCAAGCCAACAUCCCGCCCUUCUUCAAACAGCACAGCAACACCGCCGCCGAGGACUAUCUGCCUCCCACCUCGAAGCACAGCUACACGGCGGGGCACGACGGCGCUCCCAAACAUUACCUCCACCUGAAGAACGAGCACCCAUACCUGACCCCGUCACCGGAGUCUCCAGAACAGUGGUCCAGCCCCUCUCCACAUUCCAUGUCUGAUUGGUCAGACUCUACCCCCAGCCCCGCCAUAAUUGGACACCAGGCCCAAAUGCAGCACAUGACUGAGCAAGUAACCAAAAUGCAAGUUUUUGCAUAAGAUACACCAUUCAUUUUCUUUAUUGUUUCAAAAGGAAAGUAUCUAUAGGAUAUUAGGACCUGGCCUGUUCUAUUUUUUUGAGAUUCCUCCUCUCAUUAUCUGAAAGAGACAGGCGUGAAGGAGCUCGUUCUGCAGUAAACACUGGCGGGACCUACAGUGGGAUCAUCUUUUAACUUUGAAAUUCAUAGAGAUUUUUUUUUAACAAAGCAAAAUCACUAAGCCAGAAGGACUUUGGCCUCAUUGCCGUCACUGCCUAAAGCACCGCAGCCUGUUACAUUUUUAUUGCUCUCGCCGAGGGUUAAAAAGCCUUCAGUAUUGCCCAAACCAGCGAACCCCCUCCCACCACUGUCCUUACUCUGCUUAUUGGUUCUCUGGACUUAGCAUGCCUUCUGCUGACACCCUCAGGCAAUCUCCAUACUGUUGCUUCCUUCGGUGUUUGCCAUUUCCCACAUAUAUUAAAAAAAAAUUUCUUCAGAAGGACUUGGGCAAGGGGACUGACACUACCAUCUUUCCUGAAUAAGGAGUAUCCAGUGCCGCACACAGCUGACCUGUUAUAGUAAACUCAGUUCCUUUUCCGUAGAACUGAAACGUGGCCUGGACACUCUCUAGUGAUCUGUAAGCAUUAUCGUUUAACUGCCUGUUUAAAAAAAAACCCUGAGGUGAUUGUCUAAACCACUAAAUCCUCAAGCACGGACACGCUGCCAUUUCAUUAUGUAUAAUUAUUGAAGUUUUAUUUUAAUGUGACUUCUUUCUCUGAUGUCCUGUUCUUUUACUCAGUUUAAAAUGUUGCUAAAAAGUACUGCCUUUGGAAGUUGCUAUGCUGCCAUGUGUGUCAUUGUACAAUUAUUUAACUGUCUCAGAGGAACACUGUUAUUUUUUAUUGUCCAUUAUAAGGAGGAAGUCUGUGAGAUCUGACCAAGAAGUAUGCAAAACGCAGAGACUGCAGUUGGGAAACCAGAGCAAACCUUGGCCUCAAAAGCCAACCCGAUUCACGACCAUUGUAGCACAAGGCUCACUAACCACAGAGUUUAUCAUUAGCCAGUAUAUCAUCAGUGCAGCUUUCCAAUUAAUUCAGAGAGUCCACAUCAUCCAUGCUCUGAACCUCAAACAUUGUGAAUUAAUGAUUAUCUUGCAAAGCUAUUGCAUGGUAACAUGCUUUCUGUUUUUUUAAGGAAGAGAAAUGUCAAGUAUUCUGUCCACUGUAAUUAUUUGCAAGAAAGGUGAGCUUGGUAUUUCCUUUCAAAGAAGGCAACAGGUUUAUGUUGCUGGAACUUUGAGUAGCUUAACCUGGCUCCUCUUUGUGGGAGUGAAUCUGACAGAUCUGAGAUUUGGCUUAAAUCACCAUCCGAUUUGUAAUGGGAAUUGUUUGAGUGGAAUCCAACCGCACUGCCCUUGUUUGGAGACUUUGAAAUCCCUUUCAUAUUCCACUCGGAUCAGAUUUCUGGAGCUUUGUUGGGUGCUCUGUACUGCUGAACCUGGUGACGGACAUUAUUACAGCAGAACAGCUAAUUUUCCUAAUUGUUAAAAAAUGUCCCAUCCAAUAGGGUAAGAGGCCCCGAUCUUAAUUUGAUGGGGAGGAUCAUCCAGUGGUUAAAAAAAACAGGGUUUGGUUUCGCUAUCAGUUCUUCAAGUCUGUUCUCUGUACCCAUCAGGCCUGGAGUCAGCACCUCCCCAACCAAUCUCAGUAGGUAAUACAAACUCUCAGAGUGAGCCUGGGCAGAGGGGCACUAGUUACAGUACAAAGCAAGUUUUGUGUAUGAAAGUGAAUUCAUUGUGUUGCCUUAUUCUAAUUUAAUUCAGAGCCCUGUUGGUUCAUCCAGAGUAAAAUCUUUUUCAAACUUCUCCCUUAUCCCAGGAUGGGUGAAGCAUUUCGUAGCUCAACUUUGGGGGCAACAUUGGCAGCUGCUUAUAAAACCAGAACCUUUGCACCCAGACCAGGGUCACUCUUUGACGACCAGGAGUCAGAAAGCCACCCUAGGGAGGAAUCGUUCCAAAAAAACUCGAUGGGAUGAGAUACGGGAUCCGAGUUUGAACCUGAACACCAUGCCUUCAAUUCAAUUGGCUUGAGAUGGUGUGAGGUGGAUGGGGGAAGGUUUCCCCCUCUUGCACUGGGUUUGUUUCAAGCCUUGGACUCAUUGGGUCAAGCUCACCCAUCCCGAAUGGGGUCACAGACUGUCCCAUUGUAACCACAAUAGUAUUGCUUCUCAAAAGAGGGAGAGAGGGUAGUGCUCACCUGAGGGCAGAUUCCUGUGCUAGGUGAGGUGAGAAUAGUGAUCUAAGGUAAGAGGUCUGUCCUGUUGUUGGCCAGGUUCAUUGACCACGAAGGAGAGGGUAAGAACAUUUUCUAUAUCCAAUUUUUGAACCACAAAAAAUGGGCCUGGAUAAGCUGGAAAAGGAAAUGAGUUUCAAAUGGCAGGAAGUGAGUCAGAUGGGGAGUGGUGUGGGAGAUGUUCUGUAGAGGGAUGCAGGUGUGGAAGGUAAAGAUGUUCAUCCGGAGGGGACAGGCAUGGGGGUGAGGAUGAGCGAGGCUGGUUAUCUUGGUUUCACUUCUCUUGUUUCUAACAUGGGUGGAACAGACAAGGUAAAGCUAAUUCAAAAUCACAUGGAUUCUCUAUUUAAUUCUUGCAAAGCAAAUAGAGAGAGCACCAGACAGCUGGGUUACUUCCAGAGAGGACUGAAAUUAUGAAGGACCUAUAUAUAUAUUUUAUAUAUUUUUUCUCAAUAUUCUUGGUCAGAAAACAACUCAAAACAGUAGAAUGUACAUUUAUAGCAUACUGAUUUUUUUAAAAAGAAAACAGACUGUAAAUAAAUCAAACUGAAGAACAAAAAAAACAUUUACUCCUUUCAAAAGUACUUUGUUGUUUGAAAUGUUUUAUGUACUCAAAAUAAAAAUUCUAUUUCCUAUUAGUCAUAUAUCACACAGAAACACAGCCAAUGUACUUGGCAGUUUAUUCUUAGAAGGAUUUUCUAGGUAUUUUAUAAUACUUCAAGACUUUUUACAAAAAAAAUUGUAGCUUUAAUCUGUACAGAAAAGUAUUUUAAGUCACAUCUUUUGUAUGCAAGAAGUACAGGUUGUGAGGUGAAUAUACUUCUAAAUAAAGCUGUAGGAAACUA